AUGUCCCAGAAAAAAUACUACAAAGCACUAGGCUUGACAUUAAAUUCUUCGUUUUAUCAGCCUGUUCGCUUUCAGGAAGGAUUAAUCAGUGUAACCGCAGCAUUCACACACUGCGUGUUCCGAGAGAAAAGGGAUUGUCUGAUUUUUCUUUUUCCUUUUUUUUUUUUUUUCCUUUCCACAGUAAUUAAUGAAAGUCAAAAGCAGCAACUAGAAUCUGCAAGCUACUCCUCCCGCUACGCUCUGGGACUUUUUUAUGAAGCUGGUACACGGAUUGAUGUCCCCUGGGCUGCACAGUAUAUCACCGAUAAUCCCUGCAUACGCUUCAUCUCCAUCGAUAAUAAGAAACGCAAUAUAGAGUCUCCUGAAAUUGGGCCCUCAGUUGUAGUUCACACAACUGUAACGUUUGGAAGCGAGCACCUGGAUUCAGACCCUGCAGAGGUGCAGCAGCUAAUUCUCAGUCACCUGGAGAGGAUUGUGCCAUCCCUACCUACACCAGCCAGCAUCAAGUGUCAGAAAUGGAGAUACUCUCAGGUUACAAAAGCUGUGCCCAAUUGUCUGGGACAAAUGAUUCUUCAUACUCAACCUCUCCUGAUUUGUGGGGGCGACGGAUUUACUCAUUCCAACUUUGAUGGCUGCAUAGAUUCUGCUAUGAGUCUUGCAGAGGCGGUGAGGUCUCAUUUAUAGCAAUUUCAAAGUCGGCUGCGGAACUCUGUCUAACUUUAUGAUGAAUUUUACUAUGAUGGGUUGAAUUCUAGUUUAGUGUUAACAUCACUGGCCUCUAUCUUGCAAAAAAUAAAUAAAGGAAGAUCUAUUGGUGUGCUG